AUCACUAUUAACACUUUCCUCGAGCACAAGAAACCCACUCUGUCUAAAUAAGCAUUCCUUCCAUUAAUUUUCUCUGCUCGAUCUUCGUCUCUGUUCUUCGUCUUCCUCUUCCUUUGCGUGAUUAUCAAUCGUCCAGAAAUUUAAGAGAAAUGAAGCUUGAUACUAGCGGUCUUGAAUCAGCCGCGCCGCUGGUUGGCGCGAGCAGUGGGUUUCUCGAUGGGUUUGCAGAUGCUCCAUCGUUCGAGGUUCCUACUACCAAUGAUUUUGAUGGCUUUCAGAAAGAAGCUAUUCAAAUGGUGAAGCCUGCCAAGGGGACAACCACACUUGCUUUUAUCUUCAAGGAAGGCGUCAUGGUUGCCGCUGAUUCUCGAGCUAGCAUGGGAGGAUAUAUAUCCUCACAAUCUGUGAAGAAAAUUAUUGAAAUCAAUCCUUACAUGCUUGGUACAAUGGCUGGAGGAGCCGCUGACUGCCAGUUUUGGCAUAGAAAUCUAGGGAUAAAGUGCCGAUUGCAUGAAUUGGCAAACAAGCGCAGAAUUUCAGUUACAGGGGCAUCAAAGCUGUUGGCAAACAUUCUGUACUCUUACCGUGGCAUGGGUCUCUCUGUUGGGACCAUGAUAGCUGGAUGGGAUGAAACGGGUCCUGGACUCUAUUAUGUGGACAGUGAGGGAGGAAGAUUGAAAGGCAUGCGGUUUUCAGUUGGAUCUGGUUCACCAUAUGCUUAUGGUGUUCUCGAUAAUGGGUACCGGUACGAUAUGUCUGUUGAAGAAGCUGCUGAAUUGGCUAGAAGGGCUAUAUAUCAUGCAACAUUCCGUGAUGGAGCCAGUGGUGGAGUUGCGAGCGUUUAUCACGUGGGACCAAAUGGAUGGAAGAAGCUUUCUGGCGACGAUGUUGGGGAGCUUCACUAUCACUAUUAUCCUGUAGUCCAAGGUGCAGUUGAACAGGAAAUGGUUGAAGUAGCUGGGGCCUAAGAAUCUUACACAACCUGGACCAGGUUUGAAGUGUUGUUCCCCCCCUCAUGUAUCUGAUGGCAGAUGGAAACGCAAGACUAUAGGAUUUCAUGUCCUAUUUUGGUUGAUAUGUUGUUAGAAUCGGGAUUUGAAGUUUGAUGUCAUACAAUUUUCUGAUAAUCAUCAUCUUUCCAUUGUGGAUUACAUUU